AUGCCCAACCUCAGGCAAAUCAGGACAUGCAGUCGAUGCCGCCUGUUGAAAAUCCGCUGCGACAAGACCAAACCGUCGUGCGAGCGAUGCAACAGAGCCAAAGUCGACUGCUCACUUCGAUCCGACGGCUUGGCGCAAGCGAUAGCAGCAUCAGUGCCGAAUCCUCUCGUUAUUGAGAGCAAUGCCGCAAGCCGAACCUCACCGAUGCGCUCGGAACCAAGUCGGUUGUUCACGUCGUGGCGCACACGGCGCCGAGGAACGACACACUGGAAAGCCCUCAUAGCCCGGCUCGAAAUUUCGGCACUCAACAUCGGCCAGACUUUUGUUCAUGCCGAAGACAUCAGAAUCCUUGACAUAGACUGCUCAACCGACAUUCUCCUCCCCAGCAACUUUCCCUUCAACUCCCCUGGUGCAAUAAAAUACUCGUCCUCUCUCGAAAAAGUCCGCAACCUCAUCUACAGCCACAGGGACAGCUGCGAUGCCUUUGUCGACGCCUAUCUCGCCCUCUACCAGCCGGUACAUCCCAUCCUCGACCCUCCUCACUUCCUCGAAGACAUCAAUUGUUUCUGGGAAGAUGCCGCGCAGACUGACCUUUGUCUGGCAGCCGAGUCCUGUUUGGCCCGGACAACCUUCAUGGUGCGGCCGAGUAUAUCCGUGAUGCGGACGUUUUGCCUCAUGGUCCUUGCCAAGCAGCUUGCUAACGGAACAUGUUGGUCGUUUGACGCGAGCUGGUCGCUGCUCGGCAUCAUCGUGCGACUCGCAGUUUGCAUCGGCCUCCACAAACCGCCAGUUGCGACUCCAAAGUCUAUAGAUGAUCAUGCGGUGACUGUUUCGGAAUGGCAAUCUGGGCAUAUCCUAUGGAUCACAAUCGUCUAUUUCUGCAUACAAACGGCGGCCAUAACCGCCAGAGUGAAUCGUGAUGGAGAGAAGCCCUCAUAUGACGAGAUCCUGCAAUACAAUGCUGACAUUAAACGUCUGAUGACCACCACCUUAGAGCACCCCAGAUGUGGACAUCCCUCUCUGCGGGCCGUCCUCGACAUCUUCUUCCGCCGCAUCCUGCUCGUGCUCCAUCGCUGCCACGCACUACGCACCAAUGCUCCUACGCUGCAUCCAGUCUCAUACUGGGCUUCUCUUGAGUGCAGCCUCGCAAUCCUCGUCCAUCAUCGCGAUCUUUGCGAGCACGUAGGGAAUCCCGAUAAUCGGGAUCUGUUAGGCCGUCUGUUCAAGCUGGAUUUCUUUGCUGCUGCACUGACGGCCGGCCUUCAUCUGCUGCAGGCAGAUGCACCUCUCGCAGAUGGAUUUUCGAUUCCGCCGAGACAGACGAUACUCGAAACACUGGAGACGUGCACCGAGAUAUGGGGCAGGGAUAAGGAGAGUGUCCAGGCACUUCUCAUUAGUCCCUGA